CGGGCGCGAGGGCGGGUGCGGACUGGCCGAGCCCAGACCUACUCGAGCUACGCGGGGAGGUCGGCGGUCCCGACGCCGGCGGGGCGGCAGGCGAGCAGGAAGAAGAUGAGCCUUAAGUCUGAACGCCGAGGAAUUCAUGUGGACCAAUCGGAGCUCCUGUGCAAGAAAGGAUGUGGUUACUAUGGCAACCCUGCUUGGCAGGGUUUCUGCUCCAAGUGCUGGAGGGAGGAGUACCACAAAGCCAGGCAGAAGCAGAUUCAAGAGGAUUGGGAACUGGCAGAGCGGCUUCAGCGGGAGGAGGAGGAAGCCUUUGCCAGCAGUCAGAGCAACCAAGGGGCCCAAUCCCUCACAUUUUCCAAGUUUGAAGAAAAGAAAACCAACGAGAAGACCCGCAAGGUUACCACAGUGAAGAAGUUCUUCAGUGCUUCCUCCAGGGUUGGAUCAAAGAAGGCAGAAAUUCAGGAAGCAAAAGCUCCCAGUCCUUCCAUAAACCGGCAAACCAGCAUUGAAACGGAUAGAGUGUCUAAGGAGUUCAUAGAAUUUCUCAAGACCUUCCACAAGACAGGCCAAGAAAUCUAUAAACAGACCAAGCUGUUUUUGGAAGCAAUGCAUUACAAAAGGGAUUUAAGCAUUGAGGAACAGUCAGAAUGUACUCAGGAUUUUUACCAGAAUGUGGCUGAAAAAAUGCAGACUCGUGGAAAAGUGCCUCCAGAACGAGUUGAGAAGAUAAUGGAUCAGAUCGAAAAGUACAUCAUGACUCGUCUCUAUAAAUAUGUGUUCUGUCCAGAAACUACUGACGAUGAGAAGAAGGAUCUUGCCAUUCAAAAGAGAAUCAGAGCCCUGCACUGGGUUACCCCUCAGAUGCUCUGUGUCCCUGUUAAUGAAGAAAUUCCGGAAGUAUCUGACAUGGUGGUGAAAGCAAUUACAGAUAUCAUUGAAAUGGAUUCGAAGCGUGUGCCUCGAGAUAAGUUGGCCUGCAUCACCAGGUGCAGCAAGCACAUCUUCAAUGCCAUCAAGAUCACCAAGAACGAGCCGGCGUCAGCAGAUGACUUCCUGCCCACCCUCAUCUACAUCGUUCUGAAGGGCAACCCCCCGCGCCUCCAGUCCAACAUCCAGUAUAUCACCCGCUUCUGCAAUCCGAGCCGCCUGAUGACGGGCGAGGAUGGCUACUAUUUCACCAACCUGUGCUGCGCUGUGGCCUUCAUUGAGAAAUUAGAUGCCCAGUCUUUGAAUUUAAGUCAGGAGGAUUUUGACCGCUACAUGUCUGGCCAGACCUCUCCCAGGAAGCAAGAGUCCGAGAGUUGGUCUCCUGAUGCUUGCCUGGGCGUUAAGCAAAUGUACAAGAACUUGGAUCUCCUGUCUCAGUUGAAUGAGCGACAGGAAAGGAUCAUGAAUGAAGCCAAGAAACUUGAAAAAGACCUAAUAGAUUGGACAGAUGGAAUUGCAAAAGAAGUUCAAGACAUUGUUGAGAAAUACCCACUUGAAAUUAAGCCCCCAAAUCAACCAUUAGCAGCUAUUGACUCUGAAAAUGUUGAAAAUGAUAAACUUCCUCCACCAUUGCAACCUCAAGUUUAUGCAGGAUGAUAAAAAUUUACACGGAUAGUAUUUAUUUGAGCCUAAAUUGUAGGUAGCCCUUACUACAGUCCACUGAUUGGGAUCUAGAAUAUAACUUAAUUGCUUACAGAUGUCAGAUCAUUUUUAAAGGUACAGUUUGUGGGGAUUGUUUUGUUUGUUUUGUUAUUCCUGGCAGGGGAAGCUUAGUUAAUAAUAAAAUACUAUUUAUUUGAGUUACUGAAAUAGAUUCAUUUAAGGCUUGUGUGAAAAUUUGUUUAAAUCUUUCUUUCCUCCAUGAUUUUCCUAUGUGCUUCCUCUGUGGCAUUGACUAUGGUUUGGUUUUGGGUAAAUAAUUGCCUUUUAAAGGAUAAAAUGAAUGAAUGCUACAAAGUAUAUGUUUAAAGGAAUUCAAUGGUACCACUGUCCAACAGUUUGAAUUAAUUUUAUAAUUGUAAAGAUAGAAGAUAUAUUGAUAAGUAAAUACGUAAAAUUGUAAAUAUGUAAAAAAAAAAGGAAUGGUGUCUGCUGUGCAUGGCAUUUUAUUUUAUUUUUAGUUUAAAAUGAAGUAUAUUGAAUGUUUGCCUUUAGCACCAUUUUAUUUGGUUUGCCCCAUUAAAUGAAUCUAAAGUGUUUAGACACACUGUCUUUAAAAUGUGGGCUCCACUAUUAACAAGAUAGUAGCCCUAACUGAGGUCCUGUAUAGUCAGAGGCUGCAACACAGCGAAGGUUUGGAAUAAUUUUCAGGUCACUUAAAGUUGCUGUUCAGUAAAGUCAGUGGAAGACUUUGAAGCCGUGCUUCUAGCAUCUCGCUCCUGCCCUGGUUCAGGGAGUCUUUGUGGAGUUCUCUGAUGAGGAGAAGCUGGCCCUGGGUCUGGGACGGACGACGGGAAUGAACGGGACUCUGGCGGUGAGAGUGGCUGGGGAAUCCCUCAGAGCGGUGACGUGCAGGACAUGCCGCACGGCCUCCGCCGGGUUCUGCUGACUGUGGACAGCACAGACGCAUGUUGCAUAAACCUCUUUCAGGGUUUUCCAAUCUUGGUACUGUCGACAUCAGUGGCCUGAGAAUGUUUGUUGUGGGGGACUGCCCCGUGCGCUGUAGGAUGUUUAGCAGCGCUCCUGCCCUCUGUACCCACUAGAUGCCAGUAGCUCCCCCCACAGCUGUGAAAAAUGAUCUCCAGACAUUGCCAAAUGUCUCCUCGGGGCAAAAUCACCCCCAGUGAAGAACCACUGUUGUCUUUUGUAAGAUAGGGAGUUAUCCUUCUAGUGGUUAAUAUGAUGUAACCAAAGAACAUUGCAUCAAAUGCACGGUAUAAUGUUAACUUCUGAGUAAAAUGUCUCAUUCAGUGAGACUCUGGCUACCUGCCUCAUAGAACCUCUUCUAAUCCUAAUGGAUCCUCUCACAACCUAAAUGUACCAUUGAUGAUUCUUCUUCCAAUCAGUGACUUCUACAGAUUGUGCAAGUGUACUUGUGAAAUUGUGAGUGAUUCCCCAGGGCACCAUUUGUGAAUAGUGUCGCUUCACACAAGCAGUUGAGAAAGGUUCUCUUAUUUUUCCAAUAAUCUUUUAUUUAAAUUUACAUAUAAAAUCUAUCAAGCUUGACACAUCUAAUACCAUAAAGCACUGAAGACACAAAACAGUUAACCAAGUCGGCUGGUCACCAAGCUCACAUGGAAGGUAAUGAGUUACCAUCAAAUGCUGGUGAGAAUCUUCUCUUAGAAUAACCUAGGCCCAAAUGAUUUUAGUAGAAAGCUUUCCCCUUUUUUAUUUUCUACAUAUCUUUCUAGGUGCUAAUCCAGGUAUACAUAGUCUUAAUUCUCCUGGGAAUACACAAUUCUGUUAAUUGUACAUUAUGUUUGUUAAAUAAAAUGUGCAUAUUAGCCGCCCACAAAAGCUAACUUCCUUGGGCUUCUUACAUAUCUUUAAAGGAGGUUGUUGAAUGGAUUUUUUGUAGAUAUCUCACAUUGGUCGAAUUCUUCAGAUAUGGACUCUUGCCUUAUGUAAAGGCUUCUAUUUAAGUCAGCAUCAAUACAAUGGCUAGAGUUUCUGUAUUCUUGACAAGAAAGUGUUGGUAUUUUAUGUACUGUAAAUGUGAUUGGAAUAAACCUUUGGAAUAGAAGUCCUUAAUAAAGUUUCACAAUCCA